AUCAUAACUAUUAGAAAUUUUCCAUGUUGAAAUUUUCCCAUUGCAUUUUAAUUAAUUUAAUUUUAGGUGCUCCAGGUCUUAUGGAUAAAAAUAUAUAGAUGUUUGACUUGUAAAACCUACUCUGAAUACUGUUUUUUGUAUAGUGCUAAAGUCUUUGUAUACUAGGUACUUUCAUUCAGCCUGAGCAAAAUAAUGAGACUGUCAAAGCUGAUAUAUAUUAAAUCUCUGUUUAUUUAUUAAUGUGUACUUCAAUUAUUUACUGAUAUGAUUCUAGUUUUUUAAGGAAAGAAUAUUAGUCUGACAUAAAAUGAAAUAUCAGAAAAGAGCAAUUGUACUUAAGCAGCAGGAGAACAUAUUUUAGCAAAAACAGGUUAUCUGAGUUACGUGGUUUAGUACACGAAUUUCAGGAGUUUAUAGUAAUACUUUUGAAAAUGUAUUUUAAACAUGUAAAUAAAUGAAUUAGAGAUGCAGAAUUUGGAAUGAAACAGACCUUUUAAGUGGAACAAGUACAAUCCAAGAUCUUGGAACCUGCUGUCCCACAUGAAUAUCACCGGGCUAGCAAGAGCAGUAGUGAAGUCAGUACUAUGUACAGUAUAAAUAAUCGUCAUAUUUUGAGCAGCAGGCAUCAUGACCAGCUGAUAUUUUCUUUCCUCGGGACCAGUUGUUCCCAAGAGUGCAUGGCUGGAGCCAUAUGAUCUUAUCAACACAUUUGAGAGCCCGACCCAAACACUGACAGAGGUUUUGCUGCAGCAAUGACUGUCAUAGAAGAAAGUCGCCCUUUUGCACAGCAGUUAUCCAAUGUCUACUUUACUAUACUUUCACUUUUUUGUUUUAAACUUUUUGUGAAGAUCAGCCUUGCUAUACUUAGUCAUUUCUACAUUGUGAAAGGAAACCGUAAGGAAGCAGCAAGGAUAGCUGCUGAAUUUUAUGGAGUUCCUCAAGGACAAGGUUCUUGGGCAGAUCGCUCACCCCUGCAUGAGGCAGCCAGCCAAGGACGUCUUCUUUCUCUGAAGACUUUAUUGUCACAGGGGUACAAUGUAGACACACUAACAAUUGACCAAGUAACUCCACUCCAUGAAGCCUGCCUGGGAGACCAUGUAGGAUGCGCAAGAAUCCUCCUUGAAGCAGGAGCGAAUGUAAAUGCUACAACAAUUGAUGGAGUGACGCCUUUAUUUAAUGCCUGUUCGAGAGGCAGUGCAGCAUGUGCUGAGCUGCUCUUACAGUAUGGUGCCAAAGCUCAGUGGGAGUCCUGUCUGCCAUCACCAACACAUGAAGCAGCCAGCAGAGGUCACAGUGAAUGUCUGGAGGUACUGAUAUCCUGGGGUAUAGAUGUUGACCAAGAUCUUCCUCAUUUAGGAACACCUCUGUAUGUAGCUUGUGUUUCACAGCAGAUCCAUUGCAUUCGAAAGCUUCUUUAUGCAGGUGCCAAUGUGCAGAAGGGAAAGCAUUUGCAAACUCCUCUCCAUGCUGCUGCCCAGCAUUCUAGUACAGAGAUUGUAAACUUACUCCUUGAAUUUGGGGCAGACAUAAAUGCCAAAAAUUCAGAUUUUGAGAGGCCUGUUGAUUUAGCUGCCCCAAGCAGUUUAGUGGAGAGACUGCUGCUCUUCCAUGAAGCCACACCAUCCUCUCUUUGUCAGCUCUGCCGACUAUGUAUCCGAAAUUACAUAGGAAGAGCUAGACUGCACCUUGUUCCACAACUCCAGCUGCCAACAAUACUUAAGAAUUUCUUACAGUAUAGAUAACAUAGUAAUUAAUUGUUAGAAACUUAAAUAUAGCGAGUACGUUUUUUUUUCUAUGUUUAUUGUACGUUUUAUCUAAAGAACUGCUGGGCGGGAAAAAAAGCCUUUUGCAUAUUGCUUAAAAAAAUGGUAUCUUUGACACCUGGUGUUGGAAAUGUAAUAGUAAUUGGGAGCCAUUCAGCAACUAGUGCCAAGGUGCUAAUCCAGCUGAAUUGGUGUGCUGAUACUCUGGGACAUGAUUGUAUAACUUUAUUUAACCCUUUAUAGCUUUAGUGCUGUUAACUUUAGUUGUGUUUAUGUUUUUAGAAUCUGUUUGACACACCUCAACCACAAAGAGUUUGUUCAUUACUAUUUGUUAAGUUUGUCCAUUUGGAGUCAAUAUUUUAUGUAUUUUCAAAUUUCUGUUGCUCGCGUACCUAAAAAUACUUGGUAAUGGGUGCAUUAUAUGCAUUGAUAAAAAUAAAACAAUUAAACAUAAAUUCUUUUUCUUUUUCUUUGUAUAAAGAAUUUAUUAAUCACAGUGAGAAACUUCCUUUACUCUUCCUCACUGCCUGUGCUGUGGAUUGCAAUUAAACUGAUGUGAAC